GAACACAAACGUUAUUAUUUAUAAGCAUCGCUUUGGAUCAUGCAAGAGCACGGAGAUGGAGGGUCAUACGCCCCUGGGCGAUAAGCUAUACCAACCGUAUGCUCAAAGUGCAGCAGGAAAGCGCCGUCAAUACGCGUGAACGAGGGGAGGGUGACAUGCUAGUAUCCAAAGAGGCAAGUAGGAGAUAGUGAAAAACUCCCGGUUAUGUCGCCACGGCUUGACCCAAUGCCCGCAUCGCCCGGAAUGCAAUGAAUAAUGACCUCAACGGGGAGGGAGAGGGAGUGGAGAGUUCAUAGUCGAUAAUGUUCUUAAAGAUGAGCUUCUCUGGGAGAGCAGGAAUGAAGGAACGUCUCCAUCGCUCCCCACUUAUCCCCAUUCAUCUGAUCCUGUGAAUUCAAAAAUGCCCAGUCCUCUUGUUGUCAGAUACUCUGGUGCGGUCCUGCUGUUCAUCGUAGGGGCAGUUGUCCUUGGUAUUUCCGUUCAUGUGGAACACUCGACUCGAGUUCUCGGGUUUAAAUCCCAUACCUUCACCUACGAUGCCUUCGUAGGAGCAUGGACGAUACUUGCCGAGAUCGUGCUCGCCGUGACUCGGCAUUUCUUUUCGCAGACCGUCCUCGCGACAUUCCUCGUUGAGAUCAGCGUUCUAUGCCUGUCCAUGAUCUUCUGGCUCGCCGCCGGAAUAGACACUACUCUUUUCACCUCUGAGGACCGAUCAGUCUGCAAACACAUUGACGACCUUUUCGACCUUCCAGAGUUUGAAAAUGCCGAUCCACAGGUGAUUCAGGCCGCAAAGAAAAUCUUCCAGAGUGCUUGCUCAGAGCUGCACGCUCAACUUGCUUUCAUCUGGAUCGGCUUCAUCGUCACCACCCUUCUUCUCGGAUACCUCGUCGUCCACGCCUUGAGAAUGAAACACCAUGGUGUUCCCAACGUCUUUCAGAAGACUCUUAAGCUGUCGAACUACAUCGAGAACGCCCCUCGUGACCCAUUUGCCGACCCCAGCGGAAACUAUGGAGUCGUUGGAGCCGGUAUCGCUCAGGACGAGGCCCGAUCACCCAGACGCUAAGAACCACAGCCAUUGGUUACCCCAUGAGCCCCCAUCUCUGCACAUCGCUCCCGUAUGGUAUAAUGAAUCUUAUGCCCACUCCAAUUCGCUGCUCUUGUUGUUUGAUUGCCACAAGCUGUGUUCACCUUGCUUCAAGGGCGAGUUUCGGACUAGGCUCGGUAAAGACUUUCCGUAGUGAAUGUAUAAAUUUUUCUUGCUAACGCUUGCAAUCCGCGGUUGUCCUAAGGGCAGCUCAGAGACUC